UUCUGUGGCCAGAGGAGCCGCCAUGUUUAGUUGUGGAGUGAACAGUGAACGCUUGGUAGGGGGAACGAAGCUAGUCGGUGUAAAGUGAGUCACUCGGGUAGUUUGGCGGCCGAUAUUUGCACGUAUCAAUAUUAAUAAUCAUCUCUGGUAAACGGUGUGGAUUGUUUCGCCCGUUGGAGCCAUGAGUUAUCAAUUGACAUCGAAUCAAUCUCGGCCCAUGUCCCAUGGAAAUUAUCAGGGACCCGGGGAUCUGCCCAUGGGGUCUGCGAAGGAGCAGACUCUCAUGUGGCAGCAGAAUUCAUAUAUGGGUGACUCAGGAAUUCACUCGGGUGCUGCAACUCAGGCACCAUCGCUUUCUGGAAAGGAGGAUGAUGACAUGGAAGGAGAUCAGCUCAUGUUUGAUCUUGAUCAGGGUUUUGCCCAAGGAUUCACACAGGAUCAAGUUGAUGAAAUGAAUCAACAGCUGAGUCACACAAGAUCACAGCGUGUGCGUGCAGCAAUGUUCCCUGAGACACUAGAAGAAGGAAUUGAAAUUCCAUCGACACAAUAUGAUCCCGCACAACCAACUGCAGUUCAGAGAUUGGCAGAACCAAGCCAAAUGCUGAAACAUGCGGUCGUGAACCUGAUCAAUUAUCAGGAUGACGCCGAUCUUGCAACACGGGCGAUUCCGGAGUUGAUUAAAUUGCUAAAUGACGAAGAUCAGGUCGUAGUUUCACAAGCAGCUAUGAUGGUUCAUCAAUUGUCGAAGAAGGAGGCUUCGCGUCACGCUAUCAUGAACAGCCCACAGAUGGUCGCUGCCUUGGUGAGAGCGAUCUCAAACAGCAAUGAUCUGGAAUCUACUAAGGCUGCAGUUGGCACUCUUCAUAAUUUGUCUCACCACAGACAAGGGCUAUUAGCUAUUUUCAAAAGCGGUGGCAUUCCAGCCCUUGUGAAGCUACUGAGUUCACCGGUCGAAUCAGUUCUAUUUUACGCCAUAACUACGUUACAUAACUUGCUGCUUCAUCAAGAUGGAUCAAAAAUGGCUGUUCGUCUUGCUGGGGGAUUGCAAAAAAUGGUCGCAUUAUUACAACGCAAUAACGUUAAAUUUCUGGCCAUUGUAACUGAUUGCCUGCAAAUCCUUGCUUACGGCAAUCAAGAGAGCAAGCUGAUUAUCUUAGCAUCUCAGGGACCAAAUGAGCUAGUGCGAAUCAUGCGCUCGUACAGUUAUGAGAAGCUUCUAUGGACAACUUCCAGAGUUUUAAAGGUGCUAUCCGUGUGCUCGAGUAACAAGCCAGCAAUCGUGGAGGCUGGAGGUAUGCAGGCACUGGCGAUGCACCUCGGCAACUCCAGUCAACGUCUGGUUCAGAAUUGUCUAUGGACAUUACGAAAUUUGUCCGACGCCGGAACUAAAGUUGACGGACUGGAAGGUCUGCUGCAAGGACUCGUUCAGGUCCUCGCUUCCAGUGACGUAAACGUUGUCACUUGUGCAGCCGGUAUCCUGUCCAAUCUCACGUGCAAUAACCAACGUAACAAGGUCACAGUUUGUCAAGUUGGUGGAGUAGACGCACUUGUGCGCACUAUAGUGAGCGCGGGUGAUCGCGAAGAAAUCACAGAACCGGCUGUCUGUGCUCUGCGUCAUCUGACGUCUCGUCACGAGGACGCGGAGAUGGCUCAAAAUUCAUUACGAUUGAAUUACGGAAUUCAAGUGAUAGUGAAGCUGCUGCAUCCCCCAUCUCGCUGGCCCUUGGUGAAGGCUGUGAUCGGUCUAAUUCGCAACUUGACUCUUUGUCCGGCUAAUCGUGCUCCGCUCCGCGAACAUGGGGCCAUACAUCAUCUUGUCAGGCUCCUGAUGCGUGCUUUCCAAGAUACACAGCGGCAAAGAUCGUCGGUAGCUAGUACAGGAAGCCAACCCGCAGCCGGGGCUUACGCAGACGGGGUCCGCAUGGAAGAAAUCGUCGAAGGAACCGUUGGAGCUUUGCACAUUCUCGCCAGGGAAUCGCACAAUAGAGCAAUCAUUCGAACUCAGACUGUUAUACCGAUAUUCGUGCAGCUACUAUUUAAUGAAAUAGAAAAUAUACAACGCGUGGCCGCUGGAGUGCUUUGCGAGUUAGCGGCGGACAAAGAAGGAGCUGAAAUGAUAGAGCAGGAAGGAGCGACUGCUCCGUUAACAGAACUACUUCAUUCGCGGAAUGAAGCUGUGGCGACGUAUGCGGCCGGCGUACUUUUCCGCAUGAGUGACGACAAGCCACAGGACUAUAGAAAACGGAUAUCUAUGGAGCUGGAGAACUCCCUGUCGCGCGAAGACACCAAUCUAUGGACCAACGAUCUCGGCCUGGGCCCAGAUCUACAGGACAUGCUUGGUCCAGAUCAAGGCUAUGAUGGUAUGUAUGGACAAGGACCCCCUAGCGUACACAGCAGCCACGGAGGUCGGGGAUACCAGCCGCAAGGUUAUGACCAGAUACCAAUAGAUUCAAUGCAGGGACUUGAGAUAGGCGGAGGAUCAACGUACGGAGCGAUGGAUACAAUGGACGUUGCCCAUGAGGGUGAUCUGAGCUUUGAUCAUUUGGAAGAACUUCCAGCACCGCCACAAGAUAAUAACCAGGUUGCAGCCUGGUACGACACUGAUCUCUAGACCGUAUCUUCGUCACCCCCAUAUUUUAAAUUACAAGAAAAAAAAAAAAAAAACAACAGCAACAAGAUGAAUUUGUGAGGCUUUGUUUUUAUUUUUUAUCAAAGACUUCAAAUCCCGAAAUUGAUGCUCUUUACUAGCAUUUUAAUUAUUUAAUAAACAGUGCGUAGAGAAUCUUACAGCAAAGGGUUGAAAUAAAUAUAAAAUCAUAGUAAAAUUUUAAUUCAUUUAAAAGGAAAAAGAAAAAAGAAAAAAAAAACGUAUAUGAAUUCUGCAUGUGAUGUUGGUUUUUUUUUUCUUUCUUUCUAUCUUAGACAAAUUGUAUUUUUAUUUUUUCUCUUCAAGAAAAACUGCCAUAUUUACGAUCAGUUGUGACUGAGAUUUUAUUAUUAUUUUCUACGUAGUGCAUCAGUAUUUUUCAAUUGUAAUUUUUGAUUGUGUUUUUUCCCCCCUUCCUUUAGAUACCUUUGCAUUGUUCAUAAUGGUCUCUUGUUUUAUUUUUUAUUAUUAUUAUUUCUUUUUUUUUUUCAUAGCCUUUGAAUAUUUUAGACAUUUAAUUAGCCAUUAUCACCUUGGUUUUCAUUAUUCAUAUUAUAUACUAUAAUUUUAUAUAUGUCUAUUACGUAUAAUAAUAAUAAUAAAAAAAGAAAAAGCAAAAAAAACGUAAUAAUUCGAUCACUAAUUAUCCAUACAAUUUCGAAAUAAUAUUCAGCUCGGAUGGGAUAACGAGAUAUUGAUUAAAAUAUCGAUUUACGGUGCUCGCUAAAGUUUUUUUUCUUCCUACCCUUUAUUUUUUCAUUUUCGAAAACAUAUCUGCCAAAAACUAUUGCACUCAAACUGCCGGUGCCGUUUUCCUGGGAUGCGUGACACGCCGUUUAUAUUGUACUACGGUAUCGCAGGUUGGUCUCAGUUCAAUUUUUUUGAGCUUCUAUUAAUUUCUUUGUAAUUUAACGAAAUAUUAACAUUUUAUUGACAACAAAAACGUGAUUUGAUCUUCAUCUGACAAAUUUUUAAUUAUCUCAAGCUCGUCGGAUACAAUACAGGAUUACUUAUAGAUUGAAAAAUUAAUUAUAUCCCGUUGUUUUAAUUUUGAAUUCCCUUCCUUUUAUCUUUGAUUAACUACACAUCCAAUCUACACUAUUUGACUCUAUGUGUGAGCGCAUAUAGAAACGCAAGGAGUGAAAGGCGUUUGCAUUUUUAAGAACAAAAAGUUGAUAAUAUCUUUAUCGAUUAAUAUCCCAAUACUAAUUGAAGGAAAAAGAAACGAGGCAAUUUGGCUCAGCAGAAGAGAAACGAAAAUAACUAAAUAAAUAAAUAAAUGAAUAAACCAUAAAACUAAUGGAAUAAAAUAAAGUAAACACACGUAUAGGUACUAGGCCGGGAAAAACUAAAUGAAAUUUUUUUUUAUUACACCAGAAACCCCGUGAUCUAGAUUAAAUAGCUACACGCUAGCGACGUCGUUGGAUUUUAUUUAAACAUGAAUAUUAAAUAGAAGAGAUUCAACAGUUUACGGACCGAAUUACAUGGUAGACGCAUUGAUUUUAUGUUGCAAACAUACUUUCCCCGUAUAGCAAAGCAUGGCGAUAUACUUAUAAAAGCUAUCGGCGUGAAAUAGAUUCGAAAUCGCCUACAUAACGAGGGAAUUCAGAAUGAAAAUCUGCAGUUGGCGUUAAACUGUACUAUAUAAUGUAAUGUUUAUCAGACCAUAUCGUGAACGCGUUGACUAAUUUGAGCGAUUUAUUAUAGAAAAUCUCAACGCGAUCGAUCAUUAACGAUAACAAGAUGGCGGUGCUGCCCGUUAAUUAUACUUCUGAGUACAUAUCUUUUGAUUAUUAAUUAACAGAUUUUAAUUUAUCAAAGAAAAACAACAUUACCUGCGCAUAUUACACCUAAUUACCCCAGACUUUCAUCGGUCUAUAGCAUAAAUAGGCAUACAUGCAACAUCGGUAUAGUUGUUCUAGUUUUUUUUUAUUUUGGUUUUCAUUUUAAUUUAGUUCUUUUUUUUUUUCAAUUUUUAUACUUAUAUACUUAUAUACAUAUGUGGUAAGAAUCUUAUCGUGUAUGAGACUACGUCGCGUCGUGAAUGAAAUCUGAAAGCACUAUACAUUACGUGGAAAAAAAAAAAAACUCACCUAUUCACACACCCACACACACACAGCUAAUAAAAAUAAGUAAAAAUAAUAUUACAUACCGUUGUUUAAUUAGAAUAGGUUUCGAUAUAUCUCAACAACAAAAAAAAAAGAAGAAAAAAAAAACUUUAAAUAAUAACGAUUAUAAUAAAUUAGUAAACGUCACACGGAUACAGGGGAGGGUAACAUUUGAAAGAAAAAGAAUUAAAAGAAAAUAAAAAAAAUAAUAGAAUAAUUACCGUAUAUGGAUUAUAUAGAAUAAUUAAGUAUACACUGAAAAUUGAAUAAGUACAUUUUUGCAUUAUGCAUUUUACAGGGUAGUAAAUCUUAAUUUUAUGGUAGAUUUAUGUAACGGGCGGUAUUGUAACGCUCGCUUAUAUUUGAUUCAUUAUUUAAUUAUUCAUUCAGUAUUAAGGAAUUAUUAUUAAUAUAGAUUUUAAAAAGUAUAAGACACAAUUCGUACACAUGUAUCAUAAUGUAUCGUUUAAUGUCGGUAUAUUAAUUAAUAAUAAAGUGGAAACCGUAAUUAUAUCGAA